AUGUUUCAUCUUGCACUGUCGCUUUAUACACAGUACACCAAAAGGGAACAGUAUAAUCUCUUGAUUCUCGGGCUCGAUAACGCAGGAAAGACCACCUUUCUAGAGCACAUUAAGCUUCUCUAUCCCGCAAUAAAUGAGUCACUGAAAGAAAAGGAUCAACGUGUUAUGAAAUCUUCGUCUACUAUGGAAGGCACGGAUGAGGAUUCGGUGAGAAUUUUAAAGGGAAAAAGAAUCCUUCCCACAGUGGGCCAGAACACAACCACGAUAAGAUUUAAACCAAAUGAAUCGUCGGUAUCCAUGUCGAGCUCUGCGCAGUUCCGCAACAUCAACCUUAAGUUCUGGGACUUGGGUGGUCAGAAAUCGCUCCGAUCGAUGUGGUCACGCUACUACCGCUCGUGUCACGGAAUAAUAUUCAUUAUAGACUCUACAGACACAGAGCGGUUCCAGGAGUGCUACGAAACGCUAAUGGACAUUGCUCACGACUCAUCGUGGGCGUUGGACGGCAACGUAAGUGUACCUAUCUUAAUGCUUGCAAACAAGCAGGACUUGCCGCAGGCGGUAGAUCUCGUGACUUUGAAAACUGGAGUGUUCAUUCGGGUCGUCAGUCAAUUGGAGGCCACCGAUCUGAAACUUCUACCUGUCUCGGUAUUGGAAAACCAUGGUCUCCGUGAUAGCUUGGAUUGGCUUGUGACGCGCCUAGUAUACAAUAAGGGCAAUCGGGCCCCAGAGUAUAAGUGA